AUGGAUCCUUUCUUAGAGUACAAGUUAGGUAACAUUUCAUUCAAUGAUCUUUAUAGAGGAACUGUUCAAAGUGAACUUGAGAGGAUUCUUGAAGAUCCUUUAUCAAAUAUGAAAAAUUAUCGCUUUAGCAGACGGUCGAGUCAUGAUCAAAGCAAAGGGAAUCUAUUGAAUAUAGGUGUUAAUUGUCUUGAUAUUGACAAUACCGGUCAGGUUUUAUUAGGAGGUGGGGAUGACGGGUCACUUUCUAUAUGGGGUUUAGAUGAAGCAUUGCACCAGAAUGAUGAAGAUGAACAGGAGCUGAUCAAUAAAAGAUUAAAUUUUAUCAAGCGGCAGCCUAAUCAAGCAGAUAAUGAACCGGCUCAAUCACUUAGUUAUAAAAAUAAGGUAUCACAAACAAACAGUAGCAACGCUAUGAGAUUGGUGCACAGUUUUCAAACGCGAAGAAAUAAAUAUCGGAUGUAUAGGCAAUCUAAUGCCAUGAUUUCCAGUCCAAGAUCGCACAUAUCAAAUGAAGCUAAUUUCGGUAGAGGGGGUAGUGGUUCACUAUUCGAAUCCGAUUCAGACACUUCCAUAUCUCAUCACAGAUACGGAAUCACCACUUUAGGAUGGUACAAAGCAGAUAAUGGAAUGUUCUUUACCGGAUCCAAUGAUAAGACGGUUAAAAUAUGGGACACAAACAAAUUUGAAGCGGUCCAAGAUAUAAAUUUAGAACAUAGAGUAAACCAAAUUGACAGUAACAUUUCCAACGACAAUUCAUUGCUUGUGGUAGCAAGCGAAGAUUAUUACCCGAGAUUAAUUGACCUAAGAACCAUGAAUUCAGGAAUAACCACCCUAGGAAUGGGAAAUAAGACACGCAUGCAGUCCGAAAUUUUAUGCUGCAAGUUCAACCCCUUUAGAGAACAAAUUAUUGCAUGUGGUGACAUGGAGGGUGGAAUAAAAUUAUGGGACUUACGAAUGAGGAACAAAUUGUAUUUAGAAUUGAAAAGAACGAAGAAAAAACGCGAAGAUUCAAACAAUAAUGACGAUGACGGGCGAAGCGAUGUGUACCUUAGUUCCAACCAAUCGAAAGCUCAUUUAAGAUGUUGCAGUGACAUUGUUUGGAACGAUGAGGGCUCGGAAUUAUGUUCAAUUGGAACGGAUGGGAAACUGAAUAUUUGGAGACCCUUUACAGAAAUCUUACAACUAGACGGCAUAGCUAGUUAUACCCAGUUAGGACCACAGGAUUUAAGCCGUAUUAAAUAUAAAAAAAGAGUUUCCCAGAGGCUACUUUGGUUUGAUAAGUUUUUACUAUGUGCUACUGACAAUGGAGAGAUAGAAAUAUACAAUACGGAGGAAGAGAAGCUUUGGAACAAGCUCGGAUAUCCAAUGAGUAAUCAAGUAAAAAAGAAUCUGGCGUCGCAGUGCCAGUUUAGCUCUAUGGCAGUGCAAACUAAUAUGAUGAAUUCGGUCGGAAUCAGAUUGUUCUUCGGAACCAACAGCAAUACCAUUAGUGAUGGGGGCUCCAUCUUUGAGUGCUCAUGA